GGUAACCGGGCAAUACAGUACAAACUCGGCCAUUGCUACCAACAUCUGAAAACAUGUCUUGCCAACACAGUCAACUUACCGAAAUUGUUGAUCGUUCUACAGGCUGUGAAAGUGUGAUUGCACGUCGUCUUCAGGAUAGUCGCAAUGCCCUAACUAAAAGUUGGACAACAUCUAUCCUCUUCAUGAUUGGCAGUCCCUCAACAAUCGCCACGGUCUCAUUUUUCUCUGGACUAUCCCCACCUGUUGACCGUUUGCUGACAGCCGCCCAAUUGAUGGCUUUGAUGCCAUGCUUCAUCCAGCUAGAUGUAUACCUGAGAUUCCACUUGAACCACUGUACAAACCCCAUCGCACGGAGGGUUUUGUCGGUAGCACUCGGCCUUGGGAUAUCAGGUGUGGCUUGUAUAGCUUUCAUGUUUGCUCCCCCCCCUUUCUAUACUGUAGUAAGAUCCCGCUGGAGCCCGAAUUGAUAUUCACGAUAUGACUCCUUUGUAAACCAGGUUGGCGCGCCGCCAGUAGCCAAUGGUUACCUAGCGACAUACUAAUUGACCAAUGGAAUGUCCAAUAAACAGGUAAUGCACAGACGGAGUGCAAGUUUAAUUUACAUACGAUAUUGAAUGGCAACAUAUAGCGUAAGCCGUAGCGG